AUGGGACAUCUAAAGGUGUCUUUCACGCCGCAACCGCGUCGCGGCCCCACGCUUGAGGCUUGGACCUUCAGCGCUGCCGACGGCGGUCGCUGGCACCCCCUGGAGUAUGCCCCAGGCAGCUCAUUACCACAACCCCGAUUGACUAGCCAGGCCGCGCUGGUGGGCGAUGAGCUGUGGUUGGUUGGCGGCUGGGACCCCUCUGCGGGCCCAGGCAUGCCCCAAUUUCUGAAUGACGUGUGGGCCCUGGACCUGAGGUCGUGCAGCUGGAGGAGGGUGCAGCUGGAGCCGGCGGCAGAGGGACAAGAGCUGCCCCCCAUUAGCAGGUUCGCGCUGGCGGCUCUGCCAGACGGCCGCUUAGUACUUCACACGCACCGCUGCGACGACCACGUACUGGUGCUGAAUCCGUCGGCGGCGAGCGGGCUGGCGGUGACAACAGCAGCGGCCACGAUGUCAGGCGACCCCCGCCAGGCUCCGCCCGGAGGAGCUAUCCUGAGCAGGCAGUCCGUAUACGGAGCAUUACCAGGCGAGGAACAGCAACAGUCGGAGGCUGUCACUAGCACCGGAGCCGGCGGCAGCACGGCGUUGUACAUGUACGGUGGCGCACCUCAAUCGGGCCCGAUGUACGAUGAUCUUUGGAUGUUGGACACAGGUUCCAUGACUUGGCGGCAGUUGCACCCCGAGGGCCCAACACCACAUGCUCGGUGCUCCCAUAUCUCCGGAGCCUGCAGCGGCGGUAGUGGCGUCACGGGUCGUUACUUGAUCUUUAUUGGUGGCUCAUACUACGCCCUGACGGGACAGCUGCAGCCGCGGGACGACGUCAUCUUGUACGAUACGCAGACCAAUCGCUGGUUGGAGGCUGAAGUGGAGGGUACACAGCCCAGCCCCAGAAACGCCGCUAUCAUGGUUCCACUCCGAACCAAGGGGUGCGAUAACAGUGGUGAUGGUGGCUGCGAUAGAUUCGUACUGCACGGCGGCUGGUGGCCAUUCGUGGAGACAUACGAUGACACGUACAUUGUAACCGUCACUUCAGUGGACGGAAGGAAGUGA